AUGGCAUCUGUCACCUCAAAAAUCUUUGCUAUUACGGGCGGCGCAUCCGGAAUUGGGGCAGCAACAUGCCGUCUACUUGCGAAGCGAGGAGCAGCUGCUCUCUGUGUUGGGGACCUCUCUAGUGAAAACAUGAAACAACUGGAGAAAGAUAUUAAAGACAUCAACCCAGACACAAAGGUCCACUGCACAGUCCUAGAUGUAUCGUCCCCAUCAAAUGUUGAUGAAUGGAUAAGAGACAUUAUUACCACGUUUGGAGACCUUCAUGGAGCAGCCAACAUUGCAGGGAUUGCUCAAGGUGCCGGUUUGCGGCAGGCUCCUACCAUCCUGGAAGAGGACGAUCAGCAAUGGAAGAAGGUAUUUCAGGUAAACCUGGACGGUGUACUUUAUUCCACCCGAGCACAAGUCCGGGCUAUGAAGGAAUCUUCAUCGGCGAACCCUGGUGACCGAAGCAUUGUCAAUGUGGCCAGUAUAGCAUCGAUGUCUCACAUGCCGGAUGUCUUUGCCUACGGCACUUCGAAAGCAGGGUGCGCCUAUUUCACUACCUGUGUUUCACAGGACGUGAUGCCAUUUGGAAUACGAGCUAAUACCGUUUCCCCUGGAAUCACUAGGACACCGAUGCUACCAAGAUUUGUACCGAAUGCGAAAACUCAAGAGGAGGUUGAAGAGACCUACAAGAAAGAGGGCUUCUCCGUUAUUGAAGCCGAUGAUGUUGCCCGGACUAUCGUGUGGCUGCUGAGUGAAGACUCCUGCCCCGUCUUUGGAGCGAAUAUCAAUGUUGGCGCCUGUAUGCCCUGA